GUUUCUUCUUCCUCAAAUGGGCUUCUUCUCGUUCUUUUUAUGAAACAACUUUUCAUUCGUUCUCGAUCGAUCUUACUAUGUUCUUGUUUUCAAUUUCAGUGCGCUCAUGAUGCUUUCUUCGUAGAUUGUGUUUGUAUUCAUGAGGGUUUCCAUUUCGAAGGAAAAAAAAAUUCUAUGAAAUUUUCUUCCUUGUUUCCUGAAUUGUUUGAUACAGAUUAUAUAUGUUGAAAUUGAUUGGAAUUAUGGGUUAUAUUUAGAAAGUUUGCUUCUUUUUUGUUUACAAGAUUGAAUUUUUAAAUUUAUUUGUGAAUUUACUCGGCUUUUUUUUUUAUCGAUUGCAGGGCAGUGGGUUUCGAUCAUGGGUUUUAACAAAGUCUAUCAAGCCUUGAUGGAUAUAUUUCCUCAGGUUGACCAAAGAAUUCUCAAGGCUGUUGCCAUCGAGAACUCUAGGGAUGUUGAUGCAGCUGCUGAGACUGUUUUGUCAGAGAUUCUUCCUCAUUUGUCAAAGAAUUCCACAACUUCUCCUGUGCAGGUGCCGAGUCCUAUUAUUCAGUUGGAUGAAGAAGUUUCAAGUGACGAGGAAAGCAGUAAGUUGACAGUCCGCUGUUCAGGGAAAACUGCAAGCUCUUCUUCAGAGUCGGUGUCUGAAGAACAUGAAAAAUUUCCAAACAUGGGGCUCAGUGGUUCUUCCUGGAAUGAUGAUUCAGCUGAGUCACAAACAUCUGUAGUUUCAGAACUCCCUGGCAAAGAUAGUGGCCCUGAUGAAUCUUCUGUAGUGUCAAUGUUGGAAGAACAUGGAAAUUCAGUCCAGAGUGCUGAUUCAGUUGAAUCACAAAUAUCUAUAGUUGCAGAUUUCCCUGGCAAAGAUGUUGGAAUCAUUGAAUCUUCUGUAGAUAUUGAUAGUGAGGAAUUGGUAUUGUUGAGGAAGGGCACAUUAAAUUGCCCCACUUUGGGGGUAGAAGGUGACGUCACUCAGAUGGUUUUGUCAUCCUCUCCAGAAAAUUCUCCACAUUCUCCAAAAGAUGAUCUUCAUGUAGAAGUUGGUUCUGGGAAAGGGGAUGGUUCUCUAGGUCUCCAGUCCAAGCAAGAUCCUGUCAAUGAAAUGGGUGAUAGUGAUGAUGAGCCUGACUUGGAUGUUGUUGAUACUCGUACUAGCCAAAUAUGUAGAAUUGAUAUGCUGCAAGAGAUCAUUGAAGAUGCUAAAAAUAACAAGAAAACAUUGUUUCAAGUGAUGCAAUCAGUCAUGGACUUGAUGAGAGAAGUUGAACUUGAUGAGGAGGCUGCAGAACAAGCUAAAGAAGAAGCUGCUAGGGGAGGUUUGGAUAUUCUUGUUAAGGUGGAGGAAUUCAAAAAGAUGCUGGCACAUGCAAAGGAAGCAAAUGACAUGCAUGCUGGUGAAGUGUAUGGAGAAAAGUCCAUUUUGGCUACUGAAGUAAGGGAGCUUCAAAAUCGCUUGCUUAUCUUAUCAGAAGAAAGGGAUCAAUCUCUUGCAAUUCUUGAUGAGAUGUGUCGAACCCUUGAGGUGCGACAAGCUGCAGCAGAGGAGGCUAGGAAAAAGGCUGAACAAGAAAAGCUGGAAAAAGAAGAAUCUGCUAGAAAUGCUCUUGCUGAACAAGAAGCUCUUAUGGAGAUGGUGGUGAAAGAGUCAAAGAUUCUGCAGCAGGAGGCAGAGGAGAACUCUAAGUUGAGGGAGUUCCUUAUGAAUUGUGGCCAUAUUGUUGACUUAUUGCAAGGGGAAAUUUCUGUUGUUUGUCAGGAUGUGAGAUUGUUGAAAGAGAAGUUUGAUGAGCGUAUUCCUUUGAGCAAAUCUAUAUCCUCUAGCCAAACCAGUUGCAUCUUAGCCUCUUCUGGCUCAUUUGUGAAAAGCAUGGCAAGUGAACUUAUCCCCAAUCAAGUGGAGUCUGUUAAGACCCCAGAGAAGAUAAGCCCACCAACAUCUGUUGAUGGUGAAUCACCAAAAGGCAGACCAGGAGAGGAAUUUGAUGCUGUUCGCAAAGAGCUAAUGGAAGAUGGAUGGGACUUCUUUGAAGAAGAUGCUGAAUGCUGCAGUUAAGCUAUGUAAAUUGUGGAUAGAUACUACAUAUUGAGACUAAUGGUUGGGAUUUCAAAUUUUGAGCAUAUAGGACCUUUUACUCUGGCAUUACCUGGUACAUAAUUCACUAUUUUCUAUACCUUAAUGUUAAACCUAACAUUCCCUCCUGCUAGUUGUAUGUUAGCAAACAACUACUUAUAUGUUUCUCUUCCUAUGUACAGCAUUAGUUUCAAAUAAAUUUAGUCUUGCUUC